AUGACCAGCUACACCCAUUCCGACGCCUUCGAUCACGGCUGGCUCAAAGUCAGCGACCUCCACACGCUGCACUACGAGCAGUAUGGCAAACCAGACGGCAAACCAGUCAUCUUCCUCCAUGGCGGUCCGGGAGGACACACGUCCAAGGGCAACACCGUCUACUUCGACCCAUCCGUCUAUCGCGUGGUCCUGCUCGACCAGCGCGGCGCGGGCAAAUCCACACCCGUCGCAGAGCUCCGCGAAAACACAACGCAAUAUCUAGUGUCUGACAUUGAGGUCUUGAGGAAACACCUCGCCAUCCCCAAAUGGCAUAUUGUUUUCGGCGGCUCGUGGGGUUCCACACUCGCACUGGUGUAUGCGCAAACUCAUCCCGAGUCCGUGGGGUCGCUGGUUCUGCGGGGGAUCUUUACGGUGCGACGCUCAGAGCUGGAAUGGUCCCGUGGACACUUUGGGGCCGCGCAAGUUUUCCCCGAGGCUUAUGAGGCUUUUGUGAAUUAUCUCCCCGAGGCAGAUCGGGAGAAGCCUAAUGAAGCCUACUACAAGCUGCUGACUUCUGAGGAUCAUGCGAUCAGAGUCGCCGCUGCGAGAGAGUGGAAUCGCUGGGAUCUGAGCAUCGGGGAGUUGAGACCGGAUCCAAAUGACAUGAAGCGCUUGGAGGAUGAUGAUUGGGUCCUCUCGCAUGCUAGGAUGGAGGCGCACUAUUUCAUGCAUGCUGCUUGGUUGGAGGAGGGUCAGAUCUUGACGAAAGAGAAUCUGGACAAAAUCCGGCAUAUUCCUACUUCUAUCGUCCAGGGCCGCUACGAUCUGGUUUGCCCUCCCCAGACGGCUUGGGACUUGCACAAGGGGUUACCUCAUUCGCGGUUGUUUUGGACACCUGAUGGGGGUCACAUUGCACAGGAGCCGGGCACUCACGCAAGGCUGAUCAAGGUGUGCGAUGAGUACGCAAAUCUCGAGGUCACUCAAUGA